AUGGCGACGCCGAAACCCUCGUCGAGGACGCCGGCGGAAAUUGAGGACAUCAUCCUCCGGAAGAUAUUCCUCGUCUCACUCAUCGACUCCAUGGAGAACGACUCUCGAAUCGCCUACCUGGAGAUGACGGCCGCCGAGAUUCUGAGCGAGGGCAAGGAUUUGCGGCUUUCCCGCGACUUGAUGGAGAGGGUAGUGAUCGAUCGCCUUUCCGGCGAAUUCCCGGCGGCCGAGCCACCGUUUCAGUACCUGCUGAAUUCUUACCGCCGCGCGCACGAGGAAGGGAGGAAAAUCGCGUCAAUGAAGGAUAAGGGCGUUAGGUCGGAGAUGGAAAUUGUGGUGAGGCAAGCUAAGAAAUUGGCGGUUUCGUAUUGCAGGAUUCACUUGGAGAAUCCCGAUAUGUUCCCCGAUGGCGAGAAGAACAAGUCGAGCGUGUCUCCUUUGCUGCCGUUGCUGUUUUCCGAGGUGGGCGGUAGCAGUCUCGAUGGAUUUGGAGGGAGCAGUAGUAGUGGGGUUUCUGCUCCUCCUGGUUUUCUGGAGGAGUUUUUCAGGGAUGCAGAUUAUGAGUCGACCGAGCCAGUAUUGAAGCAGCUGUAUGAGGAUCUGAGAGGGAGUUUGCUAAAGGUUUCGGCUUUGGGGAAUUUUCAGCAGCCGUUGAGGGCGUUAUUGUUUCUGGUGAAUUUUCCGGUGGGGGCCAAGGCUUUGGUGAAUCAUCCCUGGUGGAUUCCGAGGAGCGUCUUUUUGACCGGGAGGGCGAUGGAGAUGACUAGCAUAUUGGGGCAAUUUUUUCAUGUCAGUGCAUUGCCUGAUCAUGAGAUAUUCAAGUGUGAGCCUGAUAUUGGCCAACAAUGCUUCUCUGAAGCUUCAACCCGCCGCCCGGCUGAUCUACUGUCAUCCUUUACAACUAUCAAAACUGUUAUGAACAACUUGUAUGAUGGGUUGGCAGAAGUUCUUAUGUGCCUUCUUAAAAAUACAAACACUAGGGAAAAUGUUCUUGAGUACCUUUCAGAGGUCAUCAACAGAAAUGCUUCUAGGGCACAUUUGCAGGUUGAUCUUUUAUCUUGUGCUAGUUCUGGCAUGUUUGUAAACCUCAGUGCUGUAAUGCUUCGCCUCUGUGAGCCAUUUUUAGAUGCAAGUUUGUCGAAAAGGGACAAAAUUGAUCCAAAAUAUGUGUUUUACGGUGACCGUCUGGAGAUGAGAGGAUUGACUGCUUUGCAUGCAUCAUCAGAAGAAAUAUCUGAGUGGUUUGGCAGUAAUACUGCAAAAGUUGAUGCCUUGACUAAUACUGGUGAUUCUCACAACCGGUUGCUACAAUCACUAGGAGCUACUAGUUCUGGCAGUAGUACAAAUGAACUUCCUGUCCUCCAAAGUAACCAAGUAUCCAGAAGUAGUGGAAAAACCAAAUAUCCUUUCAUAUGUGAAUGUUUCUUCAUGACUGCUAGGGUACUCAACUUGGGGUUGCUAAAAGCAUUUUCGGACUUCAAGCACCUUGUUCAGCAAGAUAUCACCCGCCUUGAAAAAGAAAUUGAGUUGUACUCGCAAGAAAAAUUAUGCUAUGAAGCUCAAAUAUUAAGGGAUGGAGGGAUUCUACAGCGUGCAUUGUCUUACUAUCGCCUAAUGGUAGUUUGGUUGGUUGGUCUAGUUGGCGGGUUUAAAAUGCCACUACCGCCGGCAUGCCCAAAGGAGUUUGCUUCUAUGCCGGAACAUUUCGUAGAAGAUGCCAUGGAGUUGCUAAUUUUUGCCUCGCGAAUUCCUAGAGCUUUAGACGGAGUCAUGCUGGAUGAUUUUAUGAACUUCAUCAUUAUGUUCAUGGCUAGUCCAGAAUACAUUCGAAAUCCAUAUCUAAGAGCUAAAAUGGUUGAAGUCCUCAAUUGUUGGAUGCCUAGGAGAAGUGGCUCAAAGACAACAGAGACUUUGUUUGAAGGGCAUCACUUAUCCCUCGAAUAUCUAGUCAGGAAUCUUCUGAAACUUUACGUUGAUAUUGAAUUCACUGGAUCUCACACGCAGUUCUAUGACAAGUUUAACAUCCGUCACAAUAUUGCGGAACUCUUGGAGUACUUAUGGCAGGUUCCUAGUCAUCGCAAUGUUUGGAGAAGGAUUGCCAAGGAGGAGGAAAAGGGCGUCUACUUGAACUUCUUGAACUUUUUGAUUAAUGAUAGUAUUUAUCUGUUGGACGAAAGUCUAAACAAGAUUCUUGAACAUAAAGAAUUAGAAUCUGAGAUGUCCAAUACUGUGGAAUGGGAGAGAAGACCUGCCCAAGAGAGGCAGGAGAGAACUCGGCUUUUCCACUCUCAGGAGAAUAUUAUUAGGAUUGAUAUGAAAUUGGCCAAUGAAGAUGUGAGCAUGCUGGCAUUUACUUCUGAACAGAUCACAUCUCCUUUCCUGCUGCCAGAGAUGGUUGAAAGAGUUGCCAGUAUGCUGAAUUAUUUCCUAUUACAACUCGUGGGUCCUCAAAGAAAAUCCCUUAGUUUGAAAGACCCUGAAAAAUACGAGUUUCGACCCAAACUGUUGCUGAAGCAGAUUGUUAAUAUAUACGUCAACCUUGCCCGAGGAGACAAGGAUAACAUUUUCGCCUCAGCUAUCAUAAGGGAUGGCCGAUCAUACAACGAACAUCUAUUUGAUGCAGCAGCCGAUGUUUUGAGGAGAAUCGGGGAAGAUGUUAGAAUCAUACACGAAUUUGUUGAGCUCGGAAGAAAAGCUAAAGUUGCUGCCUCGGAGGCUAUGGAUGCCGAAGCUGUUCUUGGUGACAUACCGGAUGAAUUCCUUGACCCCAUUCAGUAUACAUUAAUGAGGGAUCCUGUCAUUUUGCCUUCUUCCAAAGUCAUUGUGGAUCGACCGAUCAUCCAGAGGCAUCUUUUGAGUGACAGCACAGAUCCAUUCAAUCGGUCCCAUCUAACUGUGGAUAUGUUGAUACCGGACGUGGAAUUAAAGGCGAGAAUAGAAGAAUUUAUUAAAUCUCAAGGGUUGAAAAAGCAUGGUGAUGAAAACAUGAGCAUGCAGCAGGAUAAAGCCACCAUUCAGACAACAGAUACAACUUCUUUGAUUUGA